AUGGCAGUUCGUUCGUUCGUUCGUCGCCGCCGUCAACCACUGCGUUUGCCCCGCAGCACCGCAUCGGCCAGCGGGGGGUGCUCGGGCGGCGGCGCCCUCCAAGCGGAGCUCGGCGACCGGCGCGGGGCGAUGGCGACCCCGGCGCGCCUGGAGCCCCCGGGGGGGCCCGCAGGGCCCCCCCGUGAGCCCGCGGGGGCGGAGCCCGCGCCGCAGGGCCGCCACGUGGGCGGCCGCUCCCCGCCCGAGCAGGCCCAGGGAUGCCCCGCGGCCGAGGGAGGGCACCCCGCGCCAGCGGCCAGCCCCGACGAAGCCCUCGACGGCGGCUUCGUCCUCGUGGACCAGGUGCGCGUCGUCUUCGUGGCGCCCGACGGGACCGAGAGCGGCCUCGCGACGUUCCCGGGCACGCCCGACUACGGCAUGCUGUGGAGGGCCGCCAGGGAGUGCGCGGGCGGGCGGCGCCGGGUGGUGAUCUCCAUGGACGGGGUGCGCCUCUGCAACGGGAACACGAGGCAGCUGCUCGAGAGCGCCACCCUCGGCUGGGGCGAGGCCGGGCACCCCGGCCUCGCCAGCGUGAUCCUGGACCUGGCCCCCGAGGGCGAGGAGGCGGCGCUCCGCCGGCGUCAGCUGGCCGCGGCCUGGGCGCCGCUCCUCUGCGCGGGCCUGCUGGCCGCAGCGGCCGCGUGCGGCGCCCGCGCGGCUCAGCAGUGCGCCCCGGCCCGCGGCGCGGCCGCUGCGGCGGAGCAGUGCGCUGCGCGGCGGCGGGCGGCGGCCCAGGCCGUCGCUGAGGAGGGGCGGGCCGCCGCGGAGGAGGGCGCCGCGGCGGAGCAGUGCGCCGCGGGGCGGCGAGGCGCGGCGAAGUCCACCGACGAGGCGGAGUGGGCCGCCGUGGAGGAGCCGGAUGUGGCAGCGGCGCGCUCGGCGAGGAAGCCCAUAACUCUCAGGGCGAGGGAGAGCACGCGUGAGACCAUCAGCGUGCCGAGGGGAUGCUCCGUGGUCGCUGCGUUCUACGGGGAUGGCGCUCGCGGCAGAGGGCGCGAUGUCACCGACAUCGUGAAGCGUCGCCACGCCAGCGGGCAAGAGCUUCGUGCAUCCAACGAGCUGUUCGGGGAUCCCGUGAAAAACAAGGUGAAGGUGCUUUUGGUGGACGUCCAGGUGCCCAAAACUUUCAGUGCGAGGGAGAACACAAACGAGACUAUCACUGUACCAAGGGGCUACUCCGUGGUCGCUGCAUUUUACGGGCAUGGCGAUCGCGGCGAAGGAUUUGAUGUCACUGACAUCGUGAAGCGUCGCCAUGCAAGCGGCAGAGUUCUUCAUGCAUCAAACGAGUUGUUCGGGGAUCCCGCGAAAGGCAAGGUCAAGACUCUCUUGGUCGACGUCGAGGAGGUUGUAACUUUCAGUGCGAGGGAGAACACAAACGAGACUAUCAAUGUACCAAGUGGCUACGUUGUAGUCGCUGCAUUCUACGGAGAUGACGCACGUGUCAAUGGACGUGACGUCACAGACAUUGUGAAGCGUCGUGAAGCCAGCGGCCAAUCUCUCCGCGCAUCCAACAAAUUGUUCGGGGACCCUUUGUUCGGCAAGGUCAAGACUCUCUUCGUGGACGUGGGAGAGCGGCAAAAUUUCAUAACAAGGCAGAACACGAAAGAGGCCAUGAGUGCACCCACUGACGACCCCUACUAUUACGAGUAUUAUUACUAUUAUUCCUAA